CCCACUCUAUCUCCCACCCCUGUCGUCCUCUUCUUUCUCUUCUUCUCUUCCUCUUCUUCUUCCUCCAGUUCAUCCCCUUCCCCCUCCCCCCGCAAGUCGCCAUCGCCGGCUCAUUCCGCCCAGCCCAUUCCAUCCAUCCCAUCCCAUUCCCGCUGGUCUGCAUCCCAAUCCCCCCCAACAGUAACCUCUUCUCUCCACCCACCGCUGCUGCAGCUGUUGCAGCUCCUUGUGCUCCUGCACACCACAUCCUCCUCCCCUCUUUUCUUGUACAUACACACACACUCUCUCUCUCUUUCUCUCUUUCUCUCUUCCCAUCUUUUGUUUGUGAAAUAAAGCCUUCUCAGCAGUCUCCCUGCUGCCGACUGUCUCUUUCCUUGACUCUGCCUCUCCAUCGAUACCCUCUUUCACAAUUUCACAAUGCACCCCUACCUGUUCUUCUACCUGCUGGGCGGCAUCACCUUCAUCCCCCUCACCCUCUUCCUCACCCUCGCCUUCCUCUGGAUCCGUCUGCCAAAGUUCGACUCUUCCAAACCCAGGCCCACAGACUUGCCCGCGCCCACCAUCCUCCAGGACGAGAUCGAAAGAACCCUCCACCCCGCCCAUGUCCAGGCCGCCUCCGAUCUCACCGCGAUAGCUGCAGGAGCAGACAAGGCACCGAAUGGGAGUGUACGGCGCAGGAGAGCUGGAAAGGCUCGGUCUACUACUACCGAUCACUCGGCUUCAUCCUCUGCCGCGACCGCAAUCUCUUCAUCCAACUCUACGGUCUCGGCUCCCGCAGUGUUCAGUACGACCAGGGACAAGGACAGGGACAACCAUCAUCAUCAUCAGGACAGCUCUGGAAGCGAGGAUGAGACUGAUAGUAACGGGAAUAACGACGACGACGACAACGAGGAUGAUGAGGGCACGGUUAUGGGCGAGACGGCAGCAACACAGAGUCUGAAAGCUGCAGUGGGUCGGGAGCCGGAUGUGCCGAUGCAGUCGGAUCCGAAUCUCAACAGGGAGGGAUACGUACGGAUGACACGGGUGCCUCGACUGGGACCGACUGCGGAAUCGAUCUCGGACUAUAUGACGAACAUGCUGUUCCAGCCAAAGAAUGCACGGCCAAAGGAUUCGUAUUAUGCGGUCCUGCGAUAUGACACCUUGUUCCUGUACGAGAGCGAUCAGCAGCGGGAUUGUAAGGCCGUGGUACCGAUGACGCUGUACGAGGUCAGGAUCUAUCCGAGGAAUCUGCCCGAUAACGAGGUCUUUAACAAGGAGCAUCCCAUCCAGAUCAAGCGAAAGGCAGACGCGCCGGCCUCAACGAGUAUUCUCGACAAUGGACAGGAUGAAUACUACAUCUUUAUCCAUACUCCAGUCAUCAAGGAGGAUUGGUACAUCGCUCUAUUGUAUGCGUCCAAGCUGAGGAAGCCUGGGACGAGGCAAAAGAUCCAGGACAAGGCUCAAUUCGACCUGGAGGCGAUCCAGAACCAUAUCCGGAUCCUCCAUUCCGACAAACACCACGAGCACACCCGCUGGUUCAACUCUUUCCUCGGACGCAUCUUCUUGGGCGUCUACAAGACGAAGAAGAUCCAGGACGUCCUUAUCCAAAAGAUCACCCGUAAGACCUUGAAGUUGAAGCGACCUUCGUUCCUGGGCGAGAUCAAGGUCAAGUCGUUCGAUGUUGGCCACAGCAUCCCCUACAUCACCCGGACAAGGUUGCACGAACUCACCAUGAAUGGAGAGCUCACAGCAGAGUUCCAUCUGUCGUACCGUGGAGGCAUCAGGGUCGAGAUCGAGGUCGACGUCGGCUUGGGCUUGUCGGGACCCAAGCCUGUGAAGGUGACCAUUGUCCUGGCGGUCCUUGUCAAGUCGAUCUCGGGGAUGAUGACACUCAAAAUCAAGGCCCCACCGACGAAUCGGUUCUGGAUCGGGUUCCAGGAACCGCCAGAGAUGGAUAUUGUGAUUGAGCCGAUCGUGGCGGACAAGGCGAUUAAGCUGAACAUGGUGUUGAGUGCGAUCGAGACAAAGAUCCGGGAAGCGAUGGUCGAGGCGAUUGUGUUGCCGAACAUGGAUGACUUUCCGUUCUUUGAUUCACAUGGAACUGGAGGUAUCUUUGAGGGGGAUGAGGAGGAAGCAAUCGUGGAGCUCAUCAGACACGGAUUCGGAUCUGGAUUCGGAAUCGACUCCGAGGGCUGCGUCGACCCCGCCGGUGACGGGUAUGUACCUACAUCAUCAGAACAACAACAGCAGCAGCAAUGCGAGCGUCAUGUCGAGCUCGUCGAUUGCGUCCAAGUUCAAGCGGUUCUCUCAGGCACAUUUCUCAAAGUCUUCGUCAACAGCGGCAUCCUCCUCGGAUUCGGUCCCGGAUCCUUUGAAGCUGAACACGAAGCCGACGGUGGCGACAUCGAUCGCGACGGCGAUCAGGACAUCGCCCCCGGUGACGUCCCAUUUGACCAACAGCAGCAGCAGUAG